AUGAGUAGCAACGCCCGUUCGGUUCCUGCAACGGACCCAAAAGUCUACGACGAGUACCAGCAGAAAUGGUCUUCACUCCCAACGGACGAAGCCGCGUGGCUUCAGAGAGCCAAAGAAGUUGCAGAUGUGCUAGCCGUAGACGCUGCGCAGCGUGAAAGGGAGAAUAAGUCACCCAGAGCUGAGAUUGCGCUGCUAAAGCACUCCGGUCUCCUCAAAGUCCUAGGAUGGAAAAAGUAUGGCGGUGGUGAGCAGCCGUGGAGUGUCGGAUACAAGGUGAUUCGCGAGGUUGCCAAGGGAGACGGAUCAAUUGGCAUGCUUCUGGGAUACCACUUGCUAUGGUCAACGACGGCCAACGUCAUUGGUAGUUCAGAUCAAGCAGACCGCACUCAGGAUCUCAUCAUUUCUAAUAACUACUUUGUUGGUGGUGCUGUAAACCCUCGCGACAGUGAUCACAAGAUCACUUCAGACGGCCACAAUGUCAUUUUCAAUGGCUUCAAGAACUUCAACACUGGUGGAGUCAUCUCCGACUUGACGGUCCUCGAAGGUGUCCUUGAGGGUACGGAGGACCAUCUGUAUGCGUUGGUGAAGACUGACCAGCCGGGUAUCAUCUUUUCCCACAACUGGGAUAAUGUUGGCUUGCGUCUGAGUGAGUCGGGAAGCGUCAAAAUUGAGAACGUCACUGCGCCCUGGUCUGAUGCAUUGGGAUGGAAUGCCGCCGAGAAAAAGCCAGAUGACUCAAUUCUCAAGAUCCCGUUUGCGAGUCUACUUCUUCCCACCAACUUCUACAUCGGUAUUGCUUGGGGCGCAUUGGACUUUGCGUCGGCCUACACUAGAAAAAACACACGAGCUUGGCCCUUCGGCGGGGAUAACAAGGAAAAAGCCGAGGACGAGUUUUACAUUCUGUCUACAUACGGAAACUUCCUAGCUCAUCUCCGUGCAGCCGAUGCACUUGCCGACAAGGCAGGUCUCGAGAUCGAUGCCUUGUACAAGUACUCUGGAGAUCCAUCCACUAGGGCUAAGGUCACUGCAAAGGCUCGAGGAGAAGCAGCGGAGUGGGUAGCUAGCGUCAAGGUCACGGCAACUGAUACGGGACUUCGGGUUACGUCCGGUGUGUUCGAGGUGACGGGUGCGAAAGCCACCGGAACCAAGGUUGGCCUUGACAGAUUCUGGAGGGAUAUCAGGACACACAGUCUGCAUGAUCCUGUGUCUUACAAGAACCGUGAGCUUGGUAGAUAUCAGCUGCUGGGCGAGAUUCCUGAGCCAACAUGGUACACUUAG